AGGUUAAAAAUCCAUUCACUGUUGCUACGUGUCAAUCGUGUUUUCAUUCCAAAGUAGUUAUCAAAGUUAACUAUGCAGAUUGAAUAAUUUAAUUCAGAACAACGUGACAAUCAUUCGUUGACCACAUAUUUCAUUUAAAAAGUUGAUUUUUUGAUAUAAUUUAUGAAUGUCAUUAACUGAUAAGCGAGAGUACCGUUUAAUCAGCUGUAUGUUCAGUAGUUUAUGCUUGACAUAUUUUUAAUUCUUUUCUGUGAUUGUUUUCGUUUUAAUGAAGAAUUUAUACUGAAACACUUGUGCUGAUUAAUCAUCAUUAUUCGCAGAAAGAAUCCUGUCAUCUAUACAAAAUGCUUCCACUUUCGCACAAAGACUCCAGAGACAUUGGUAGUAGGAUAAAAGAAAAGGUAUUGGGCUGGAAACGUCUGAUAUUUUCUGACAAGAACACCAGGAACUUAUUUUUAUUUCUUCUCCUCAAUUUGUCUUUUGCCUUUAUUGAAUUACUCUAUGGAAUAUGGACAAAUAGUUUGGGCUUGAUAUCGGACAGUUUCCACAUGUUCUUCGAUUGUACCGGUCUGUUAUUUGGUCUGGCUGCAUCCGUUAUAACAAAAUGGAGAGCAAAUGAAAGAUAUUCUUAUGGUUAUGUUAGAGCAGAAGUCUUAGGAGGAUUUGUCAAUGCUCUACUACUAUUCUUCAUUGCUCUCUUCAUUAUGUCAGAAGCUGUUGAGAGGUCCAUUGAACCACCUGAGAUCAAGCACGAAAGACUUCUUGUUGUGUCUGUUAUGGGAUUAAUAGUUAAUUUGGUUGGAAUAUACGUGUUCCACCAUGGACAUGGACAUGGUCAUGGAAUGGGACAUGGUCACUCUCAUUCGCAUUCUCAUUCUCAUAGUGGCCAUGGACACUCUCACUCAAACCAUAGUCACGAUCAUCACGAUAUAGAGAUAGAUCCUUCCUUCAGUGGUACAAAUUCUCAAAUCAUGAAAGGUGUUUUCUUGCAUAUUUUAGCAGACACUCUUGGAUCUGUUGGUGUAAUUAUAUCGGCGAUACUUAUGCGUCUGUUUGGUUGGUUUAUAGCUGAUCCAAUUUGUUCCAUGCUGAUCGCAGUAUUGAUAGUUUUAAGUGUACUUUCUUUGAUGAAAGACUCGUGGGAGAUAUUGAUGCAAAGGCAACCAGCAGCAUUGGAUCAUGUUCUGCCACAGUGUUACAACAAAGUGACCCAAUUGGCUGGGGUAUACAGUGUACAAGAACCACAUUUCUGGACGUUGUGUUCAGACGUAUACGUCGGGUGCUUGAAACUGGAGGUUGCCAGAACAGUGGAACCUAAAUAUGUAGUAGCACACACACAGAUGAUUUUCCAAGCAGCUGGUGUAAGGCAUCUAACCGUUCAAUUAGAUUACGCACCCAUGUGAUCUAUGAAAAAUAUGCAUGUCCUAAAGUGUUCUUAUAAGUGCUCCAGGACUGUAUUCGUUUGUGGAGUUUGUCAGAAGCAAGCAAGAAACACUGCGUUAGUGCAAAAUAUUUUUGCCAUUUUAAAAUUGUGCAGGUGCAUAAUCCUAAGUAAUAGCGAAUAUCAUCUUGGAUUACAAAUCAUUUAAGGUGUCCAAACUUUUAAACAAUUAUGGAAAUCAUAAUAGGUUGUCAAUUUAGAAAUAUACUCCUAUGGAUAUUUCGAUUUCAUCGUUAAAAUAGCGCAUUUAAAUAUGUUAUUCUUUGUAUACAUAGUCCGUGAUUUGUUUGUAUCGCAUAAUGUUACUUAAUCUAGCUAAAUUGCAUUUUAUGUUUGUUUCCAAAAACUUUCGUCGUGUAUUUUAAUGACUGCAGGUCAUAAAGAAUUUUUUGUAUCAUUCAGUACAGGUGUAUUAUAUGUUACAAUUAUUUCUUACCCUUUCAGCACUUUUGUAAAGAUCUCUUUUCAUCUGUUUUAUUAUUGUAUUAAGUUUCUGUACAUUACGAUUUAUAGUAAAAGAUUCGUGCAUUAUGGCAUAACCGAGGUGCGGCCGUAAUUAUAUACAGACAGCUGUAGACAGCUAGUCAUUACUAUAAAGAGAAGGAAAUAUGUGAAAUAUAUGCUAUAUAUAAAUACAACUUUAUAAAUUGUAAUAUAAACUGAUAUUCUUACGUUUAAACGAAGUUGCGUUUUUUUACAUAAAAAUGUAUUCAUUUUUCACAUUCUGCUCGCGUUGGGUGCUAUUGUAUGACUGAUAUUAAAAGAGAAAACAUCUGGAAACACUUGACACGUGCAGGAUAAUCAUUUUAUAUUAAUGUAAAGAUUCAAGUGAUUUGCGAAUAUUGACAUAAACAACUUCAUCAAAUUAUUUAAGAUCAGACAAUGAAUUUGGCAGAAAAUUAGUAUGCAUGGUUUUCUAAGCGUGAUAUAGAGAAUUGUUCAUCGUUUUCAUUAGCAUUGUAAUAUAUCCGCCGAGACACGAAUUAGAUUUAUGACAGAUUUGUAAGCAAGUUGUAAGCAUGACCAGGACAUUCCAUAUAGCCGAGCUAUAUAAGUAAAUAUAUACAUAUAAUUUGUAUACAUUGGAUUGUGAUGACGUAAGCCAAAAUAUAACUUUUCGAGAUACGUCGAUAGGGAUUAAAAAACAGUUUUUUUAUUAACGAGUGUAGGAAACCUUUUUUAUCGAAUCGUCUUAAGUAACUGUUUGAUAAAUACGUGCUUAAUGCCCGUUCGAAACGAAUUAUAUGUAUUAUUCACUUCUGUACUUCUACUGUAUAGAAAAGUGGACUCUUGUUAUAUUGCUGCACUUUGUAUAACGGUCUAUAUUGCCAUGCUUUAUACUGCCGGUUGAUCUUCACAUGUAGCGUGCGUUCUUUCGUAGCGAAAAUGGAGGAGAGACUUCGAAAACUCGUGGCAAUAUAACGAGAGCCUAAGGUAGAGAAAUAGCGUGCAUUUAACGAACAGUUACAAAGUGAUCGGACGAUUCAUACUCUGGAGAGAGAUACCAACGAAGAGCGAUGCAAUUUUCAAGAUGAAAGUCAACAUUGUUACGUUUUAUCGACAUUAAUGUAUAAAUAAAAGAAAGAAGUGUACAUCUUCGAUAUCGACAAAGUGUAAAUAAUAAACAGAACUACUAAUCUUCAAA